GCCAUACAGCCUGGAAAACGCACAACAACCCUGUGAAUCCAGUCAUGAAAGCCUUCGACAACACAUAGAAGCUGGGCUAAAGGCCAGGAGCUCACCCUGACCUGGGAUUCGAACUGUCAACCUUUUGAUUGAUAAGAUUUACUGCAGCUGGUGGUUUAACCUGCUGUGCUAAAGCCCAGCCCAUGAAUCUGCAAACAGACAAAUCCACAAAGGGAGAUAACUGAAGCAUCGGCUGAAAACUCACCUAUCUUUUCCCCCUUUCCAGACAUUAUUGAUGAAUUGAUCAAGGAAGAUGGCUUCGAGGUCGGCUCUGUGCAGCGGCCCACCAGAGUCUCACAUAUCGAACCGGCCAGACUCAUCUCCCGAUGCCCCAACUCGGUUUCGCCAACUGGGAUGCAGGUACUGCCAGAACCUGCAGGGAUGAGCCUCUUACGCCUGGACUCCCCUUCCCCAACCGCUUCUUGCUUUCAACAAGAUCGUUCAGCAUCCCAGCUUUCCCAGAACCUCACCAACUUGACAUUGAGGUCGGAGAUGAACUCAUCUCUCGUUUUGCGGCGCAGCCGCAGAUUCUUGGAUGGGCGUUGGUCUCCUCCUGCCUAUUCCAGGCUUCCCGUGAAGUCCCAAGAGCAGCUGGAGGAAAGUUUUCCAGAGCCACUCAAACUCGUGAUCACGGAGCAGCCCAAGCAGAGAGGGAUGCGCUUCCGAUACCAGUGUGAAGGCAGGUCAGCGGGGAGCAUCUUGGGCGAAGCUAGCACGGAAACCAAUAAAACUCUGCCCACCAUUGAGCUUCAGAACUACUCAGGGAUCUCAGAAGUGAAGGUGACGGCAUGCUUGGUGUGGAAGGACUGGCCUUACCGAAUCCACCCGCACAGCUUAGUUGGGAAGGACUGUCACAAUGGCCUCUGCGAAGUGACACUGAAGCCUCGCAUCAACCCCAAGCACAGUUUCAACAACCUUGGUAUCCAGUGUGUGAAGAAGAAGGACAUUGAAGAAUCCAUAGAGAAAAAGCUGCAGCUUGGAAUUGAUCCAUUCAAAGCUGGCUCAUUAAAAAACCACCAGGAGGUUGACAUGAACGUGGUCAGGAUUUGCUUUCUGGCUUCCUACCAGGACUGCACAGGGAAGACCCGGCACCUCAGCCCUGUCCUCUCCGAACCCAUCUUUGACAAGAAAUCCACAAAUACUUCAGAGCUGAAAAUCUACCGGAUGAAUAAAGAGUAUGGGGCCUGCAGUGGUGGAGAAGAGUUCUAUUUGUUAUGUGAUAAGGUUCAGAAAGAAGAUAUUUCCAUCAUCUUCCGGAAGGAUACGUGGGAGGGCAAAGCAGACUUUUCACAAGCUGAUGUCCACCGGCAGAUUGCCAUCGUCUUUAAGACACCACCAUACCAGCACCUCGACAUCACAGAACCAGUGGAGGUGGAAGUGUACUUACGGCGGCUGACGGACAGUGUCUCCAGUGACCCUUUCAGUUUCACCUACCUGCCCAAAGACCAAGAUACUUAUCGGGUCAACAAAAAAAGGAAGCAAGGCAUGCCUGAUGUCUUGGAGGAACUCUCUGGCCCAGACCCUCAUGGGAUCGAAGCUAAGAGGAAGAAGAAGAAGCCAGGGUACAUGGACCAUUUCAACUUGAUUCCAUCUGCAGCUGGCUUUUCAUCCAGUUCCGAAGACCAGAAUUUCCUGAUCAGCUUGGAUCACAUCUCUGUGCCAGACAUGCUACAGGACUUCAGAUUGCCUCCGGACUUCCCUUCCAUUGUUGGUCCCAGCCUGAGUGACGUCCUGCUACCGUCUCCCAUGGACUUCCCUGAUAUGUCGGAGCAGGAGUUCUUGCUGGAUGCUUAUUCCGUCCAUUCGGGUGUCUCUGUCCCCUUCACUUUGCCUGGGGAUUGUGAUACAGAGGGCACCGCCAGCCUCGUAGGCAGCAGCAUGUUUCCAAGCCAGUACAAAGAGGCCGAGGCACAGCUGGAAAUGGAGAGCAACUUCACGGCGGCAGACAGCGCUGGAACUUUAUGAAGGAACUAUACACCCCAGGCUCUGAGAGAAGAAGCCCCUCUCUCGGAGUUGAAGCGUGCCUGUGAACCCCCCAAAAAAUGGGGAUAUCCUACCUGCUGAAAUACAGGAAAGUUUUCUUCAGCAUGAAAACAAUGCUUGAAAGAGGGUUUUCCUUCUGGGAAAGGGAAACAGGAAAUGAAUGGAAGGUAAAAUUGCACUAAUAGCUCAUGGUAGAUGAGACAUAGUCUCAGGACAUGGCCCAUAACACCCAACAGUUGUAUUCAGUUUCCAGGCUGGUGAUCACUGACUUGGUUGUUCUAAUGUAUGCAUAAUGCAGACUGAAAUGUGUUUGGUUCGUAUAAUGGCAGAAACAGUUGUCUCUUUCCUGCCAUGAGAUGGUUUUUAGACCGAACUGCUGUUGAAUAUUUUGUGUCUUACCCUGAAUGUCUUUGCAAGGGGAGCUAAUGGGUGGCUCAUAUGUCCAUCACCCUGAUACAUCCAAGUGGCUCUGUAUUCUACAAUGUUUUAGCUUAUUUUGAAUGAAAUUAUGAAGGCAAAAAGUAAAUGAAGCUGCUUUGUAUUGAG